CACAAACUUUCAUUUGUCUCCAGUUACAAUGUUCGCCUUGAAGACUGCUGUCAAUAAAGCUGCUUUGCCUGCUAGCCGUGUGGCUUCUCGCCGCUGUGUUUCCUCUGUCGCCUCCAGAAGUGUUUUUUGACACUAUUUUUUUUGCGCAGCUUGGAUUUCCGCACGCACAGCUGUUUCUUCUGGCAACAAGAUGGCUGCCAGCUUUCUCAAGGAAGCUUAUGUGUCUUCGGCUCCCUCCCGUUUGAUGUUCUUUGGUCGUCGUACCAUGGCCACUGAAUCUGGAGGCAAAUUCAGCCGUGGCAAGCCCCACGUCAACAUUGGUACCAUUGGUCACGUCGAUCACGGCAAGACCACUUUGACUGCUGCUAUUACCAAAACCCUUGCCACUCAGGGCAAUGCUCAAUUCAUGGAUUACAACCAGAUCGAUAAGGCUCCUGAGGAGAAGGCCCGUGGUAUCACCAUUUCCACUGCCCACGUUGAAUAUGAAACUGCCAACCGCCAUUACGCUCACGUCGAUUGUCCUGGUCACGCUGAUUACAUCAAGAACAUGAUUACUGGUGCUGCUCAGAUGGACGGUGCUAUCAUUGUCGUGUCGGCUACCGAUGGUCAAAUGCCUCAGACUCGUGAGCACUUGUUGUUGGCCCGUCAAGUCGGUGUCCAGAACUUGGUUGUGUUUAUCAACAAGGUCGAUGCCGUUGAUGAUCCAGAGAUGCUUGAAUUGGUCGAAAUGGAAAUGCGCGACCUUUUGUCUGAAUACGGUUUCGAUGGUGAAAACACUCCCAUUGUCAAGGGUUCGGCUCUUGCUGCUCUUGAAGGCCGCGAUCCCGAAAUUGGUGAAAAGGCCAUCUUUGAACUGAUGCAGUCGGUUGAUGAACACAUUCCUACUCCCGUCAGAGAUUUGGACAAGCCUUUCUUGAUGCCUGUUGAAGAUGUUUUCUCCAUCUCUGGUCGUGGUACCGUGGCCACUGGCCGUGUGACUCGUGGUUCCAUCACCAAGGGUUCCGAAGUCGAAAUUGUCGGUAUGGGCCCUACCAUCAAGACCACAUUGACCGGUAUUGAAAUGUUCCGCAAGGAAUUGGACCGUGGUGAAGCCGGUGACAACAUGGGUGCUUUGUUGCGUGGUAUUAAGCGUGAACAAAUCCGUCGUGGUCAGGUUAUCUGCGCCCCUGGUACUGUCAAGUCCCACAAGAAGUUCAUGGCUCAAUUGUAUAUCUUGACCAAGGAUGAAGGUGGUCGUCACACUCCUUUCGUCAAUAACUACCGUCCUCAGAUGUUCGUUGGUACCACCGAUGUGACUGUCAGCCUUACUCACCCCGAAGGUACUGAAGACCCCGAUGACAAGCUUAUCAUGCCCGGUGACAACGUUGAAAUGGCCUGUGAAUUGAUUCACGAUAUUGCCCUUGAAGACGGACAACGUUUCACUAUCCGUGAAGGUGGUAAGACCGUUGGUACUGGUGUUGUUACCAAGGUCAUUGAGUAAAGAAAAAAAAAGAAAUUAUCCUACUUUUUUCAACGCUCAACCACUUCCUUGUUUCUCUUUCUAUCCUUUUCUUUUUUUUUUUAUUGAUUGAUGUCAAUAUCUCCUGCUUUUAAAAUUUCUUAAUAGAUCUUCUGUAACAUAUUCGUUCAAAAUUUCAUGUCCCUCUUUUUUUUCACCUCCAAUCGCAUCUGAAGAUGCA